CCGGAACAAGGAACUCAUGGGCUCCGGCGCCGCGUCCCGCCGGCCUGAGUUUGCUGGCUCGUGCAAGAAACGUGUCCAAAUCGCACGCCAACCUCAGCAUGACCGGCACGCCAUCCUUUUUUGGCAGCAGCAGCACUUUCAGCAGCAGCAGCGGCAGCAGCAGCAACAACAACAACAGCUUCAAGCUGAGUGGGAGUAGUCGCAGUCUUCACGUACGCGGAGACGCGAACCAAAACCUAUUUCCGACGACUGCCAAGUCGCGCGGUCGGAGCUUUUUGUUUCGCCCGGGCUCGUCGGCAACGCUGCCGCCGGGAAGCUCGUUGGCUGGCAUGACGAGUGCCUCGACACUGUCGACGUCGACGACGACGGCUGCUGCUGGUGGGGUGACACACAUGCCGAAUCCGGAGAAGUUUGGGAUUGUGGCGGAUGCGUUGGUGAGCGGGCUCGGGGCGUGUGUGAGCUUUGCCGAGGGGGAGAUUGCCAGGCUGCGGGAAGCAUUGGAUGACGCGAACAAGGACGUGGAAACCCCUGGAGGAGGAACCCAUGAAGUGAUAAAAGGAAAAGGUACCGACAAUACAUAUUUGAUUUUGUCAGUGUUCGUGGUGGUGAUGCGACAUGCGAAAGUUGCCCUGAAUUGUAAAUUGGCGAGUGCUGUUCAUCCCGGGUCUGAGAGUAGAGAUAAUGAAUGA